CCUCCGCGGCCGGCCUUGGUUAUUCCUCAGUCCUCACAGCCCUCCAGUUCUUUGCUGGUUCAUUUCCUAUUACCAUAUUAGUCAUCUUUUCUUGUAUUGUUUUCCAUUUGGGUGUUUACUCUUCUCUGGCUUCCGUCUGCAAUGGACUUCCAAGUGGUCGUCCUCGCCGGCGGCACUUCGAAGGAGCUCGUCCCUCUCGUUUCCAAGGAAGUUCCAAAGGCGCUGCUUCCCAUCGCGAACCGGCCGGUUCUAUCUUACAUUCUGGAACUCUUGGAAGCUAGUAAUCUCAAAGAUCUCAUUGUUGUCGUUGAAGGAGAAGAAGCAGCUGUUCGGGUUGGCGGUUGGAUUACUGGCGCUUAUGUAGAUCGUCUCCAUGUCGAGGUAGCUCGAGUCCCUGAGGAUGUUGGAACUGCAGGGGCACUUCGGGCUGUUGCUCACCAUCUCACUGCAAGUGACAUCUUGGUUGUGAGUGGUGAUCUUGUUUGUGAUGUGCCUCCUGGGGCUGUAGCUGCUGCUCAUAGAAGACAUGAUGCUGUAGUAACAGCACUGCUGUGUGCUGUCCCUGUUAGUGGACCAUCAGAGACGGGAGCCUCUGGUGGAAAGGACAAAGCCAAGAAACCAGGACGGUACAACAUCAUUGGGUUGGACCCAACAACGCAAUUCUUACUAUAUAUAGCAACAGGUGCUGAGGUGGAGAAAGAUAUUAGAUUCCAAAAAAGCAUUCUUCGUGCUGUAGGUCAGAUGGAAAUCCGAGCUGAUCUAAUGGAUGCACAUUUAUAUGCAUUUAAGAGAUCUGUUUUGCAAGAGGUUUUGGAUCAGAAGGAUACGUUUAACAGCAUCAAGCAGGAUGUGUUGCCAUAUCUUGUUCGAACUCAGUUGAGGUCAGAACUGUCAUCCAAUGGUAUGUCACAAGCAGAAGAAAAUUGGAAUGGGAAGGUAGCUUCCCAGGAUAACCAGGCAUUAUCCUCUCAGCAACUGCCUCCUGGCAUGAUCCCUACAGUCCCUAGCUUUCAUGAGCUCUAUGCUUUUUGUCCUAAUGGUUCUUCUCCUCCAAAAAGGACACAUAAAUGCUGUGUUUAUAUUGCCAGCAAGGGCAAAUAUUGUGCACGUUUGAACUCUAUCCAAGCCUUCAGUGACAUAAAUCGAGAUGUCAUUGGAGAGGCAAGUCACCUCUCAGGCUACUCCUUCUCUGCCCAUAACAACAUCAUCCACCCAUCUGCAGAGCUUGGAUCAAAAACUACUGUGGGACCACAAUGUAUGCUUGGAGAAGGUUCACAACUUGGUGACAAGUGUAGUGUCAAGCGAUCUGUCAUUGGUCGUCACUGCAGGAUUGGUUCCAAUGUAAAGGUUGUGAAUUCGGUUAUUAUGAAUCAUGUUGCAAUUGCAGAUGGGUGUUCAAUCCAAGGUUCUGUUGUUUGUAGUAAUGUGCAGCUCCAAGAGCGUGUGGUCUUAAAGGAUUGCCAGGUGGGAGCCGGUUAUGUUGUUACUGCCGGCAGUGAAUAUAAAGGGGAGUCCUUAGCAAGAAAAGAGAAAAGUCAAUCUUAACGAAAACUUUAAGUUGCAUCACUUGCAUUUGUUUUCUAUUUUCUGUUUUCUUUAUUUGAGUAAUGCAGGCUCAUGUAAUCUUUUUGGUGCUUGAGGGGGAUUUCUAUCAAAUCUAACCCUCCAAUAUACAAAAUUGCUAAGCUUGUGUAAUCAACUUGUUUUCUUAUUCUUUUUUUUUUCUUAACAGUUUGAAUACAAGUCACCUUUUGUAAAAGUCAUAGUCUUAUUCUCUUCUUGUGGCUGCUUAUAUAGUUAUAGCUGGUAAUGAUCAUAAAAAAGACUUGUAUUGAAGGUGAAGAUGAAGUGCAAAGAGCAACAGAAAUUCUCUCA